AUGUACGCCGUGUUAUUUAUUGUACUUACUACUGUUAUCAUCUUCGCUCUGUCUUUGGGGCUAUACCAGAAGUCCAAGAACGCAGUAUGUACGUCAAGAAGAAGACUGGAUGGUAAAACAGUAAUAGUGACUGGAGGAACAGCUGGGAUGGGUCUUCACAUAGCUACAGACCUGGCCCAUAGAGGAGCUAGAGUGAUAGUCGCCUGUCCCUUCAAAGAUGAAGGCACUAACGCUAGGAAACAGAUAGUGAAAGAGACUGGCAACGAAAACGUGGUAUACAAACACCUCGAUUUGGGAUCUUUACAAUCUGUGAGACAAUUUGCGGCAGACAUCUUGAAGAACGAAGACAGACUGGAUGUUCUACUAAACAAUGCUGGAGUUGGUAUCCCUGGAGACUUCCUGACGUCGGAUGGAAUGAACUUUAUAAUGCAAGUUAACUACUACGGAACAUUUCUUCUGACACUACUACUUAUUCCUCUUUUAAAGAAAACUGGGAAGCCUGGCGAGGCGAGCAGAAUCAUAACAACAGCACCCCUUGGGAAGGUGCACAGACUUCUUUAUAUGCUGCGUUGGAUGAUGAAGCCGGACGAAAUACAGAACAAACCAGAAUCCGCGUUCACUCAUAAUUACAUGUCGUCAAAUGUGUCCAAAAACAAUACGUCAAUCCCCCCGCCAGCCGCACUUCCCACCCGCGUAGUGUUGUCGACAGUGGAACAAUUCCCUUGGUUUGGGGUAAUUUUACAACAGGAGGAACGAAUGGAAGCUUUACAAAUCCUUGGUAGAGAUGCUUUAAAAAACGAUAAUGGUUUGUUCCCGGCGUGGCAAGGAAAUUAUCUGUAUACAAUGAUCGUAGACCCCGAGGCUGCGGACUUAGUAUUAAGGACUUGCCUUGAGAAAGAUGAUAUAAUGCAAAUGGCUACACUCUUCGUUGGAAAUGGAAGCAUAUUCGCUCCUGAAUCCACGUUAGGAUACAAAAUGGAUGCCCAAAAAUCAUCAGAUCAUCCUUUCUUAAAAGCAUUUAACUAUGGACUCCCGAAGUGCGCAGAACGCCUCUGUCAACCAUGGUUGCAUAGUGACUUGAUUUACAAGAAUUUACCCGUAUAUACUAGGCUGGUGAAACUAAAGGAAUAUUUAUGGAAUUUCAUGAUUGAGUUAAUCAAAGCUAAAAGAAAAGAAAUUAAACACAACAAACCAAAUAAGGACACGGAAAGAGUGGCUAGAGAGGCUCUAGGCGUCUUCAUCUCCUUCCUGACGCAGUCGCUUAUUGCAUACGGAAGUUUCGGAAAGUAUUCGUUUCAACGGGAUGAACCGCUCGGUGAUCGUUACUUCAAGGUCUACCCGGAGAACACGAUAAUCGGUAGCAGGAACCUCUCGCGCCUGGUCUUAGUACAGGCCAUGAUGCGAAACAAGAGAAAAUGGGAAGUAUUGGUGGUCUAG